AUCUCAGGAUUGGCCUCAGCGUUGUUGGGUGGUCUAAUUACAGCCAGCGGGUGGCAGACAGCACAGUGAUACAGUGGUACCCGCCUGUGUAUGGUAGCUCAUCCGCUGAACGUCACUCAAUCCAGUCACUGAAAUUGGCGUCAGGAACGCACUGGCACAACCAGUUCGGCUAAAAGCUAAGCGAACCAAUGGGAUAGAGGACUAGAUCUGAUUGGCAAGUGGCAGGUGUCGGUGGGGCAGGUCCCUGCCUUCUGGUCGUUUGCUUCUCAUUCUCAGCAGGUGCGGGGCACGGAUGGUGGUUCCUUCCAUGCUGGGAAUGGAAGGAAUUCGUUAUUUCAGGGUCUGCCUUCCUGCCUUUUUCGAACGAAUUAUCCGUCGUCUCUUUCUCGUCUGGUUAGCAACCAACACCAGCUCACAUGACUUGCAUUUAGCGACGUUCUCCCUUGGCAUAUUCGUCGCAGGUCUGCUUCUGCUGCUGCUGCUGUCGUUCCUCCUCUUCACAACGCGAAAGCAAGAAGGGCGACGACUGAUGAUUUAUCGGCUCUGCUGCAUACGCCAAUCGAGGUGUGGGUGGAGAGCAGCAGCAAUUCCACGCAUGUCAGCCCCCCGACACGGCAGCAGUCCAAUUGUUCUCACGGCUCAGCCUCCCCCUUCAUGGCCCGACUAUCCGAACAGCGCGCAACUCAUCCCGUCGUCUGAUCCUUUGGAUAUCCCACGGUGGCAUCGCAGCAGCACAUGGCCAAGACCCUUGAGGAUUUCCGAGAUGGACGUUUCUUUGCGGCUCCGGGCCUUUGGUCUCCACCACGGCCGACGCGGCACUCGACCCUCGCUGGUAUGCCGCCGCCCGCUAUUGCCACCAUCACCGCCAUUACCUCCAAGGGAGCAUAAUGCGGUGAGCCAUCGGACGGCAAUGUCUCACUGCCUGCAUCUCCCUUAGGAGGCUUUCCAUCCGUCUAGCCUCCUUCAUUUUAGGCUGCAUCGCUUCUGCGAUACUUGUCUUGGAGCUGUCGCGACACCACGUAGCCAAGUAGCUACGUUUUCCUUUUGUCUCUUGCUAACAUCAUGGCUUUUUCCCGGCCUGCUUAAUCAUGUUCUGCCACUACUGGUAACUAUCCUCCACGGAGUCCACUUCACCAGAGCUCAUG